GAGCAUCUGUGUGAUGCCCAAAGUGAAAUAACAAAGGAGAAACGCUGAGGAGAAACGCAGAAACUCCUGAAGUGCUUUAUUUUUGGACGGCUAUCUCUUUAAUUUUACUUUUAAUCCUGCUCCAUUGACUAAAUGACUUUUUUCCUCUUGUAACCUUUUACUUUUUUUCCCCAUACAAGUGAACCUGUUCCCUUAUCAGUCUACAUUUAUCUUUUUUCCCCACCUGCCGCAUCCACACCCUGAUAUUUUUUCCAGCUGUUGGCUCUGUGUUUUCUUGACAUGGCUAAAUAAGUGGAGGAAAGGGGAGAGGGGGGCUUGCUGGUGGUUUUCUUUGAGGGUUGCGAGGUUGCAGACGGGACCAGGAGAAGAGGAGGAGGAUGGCAGUGGCUCUGGAAGAAGUGUGGGGGCGGGUGAAGAAUGUCUGCAAGCAGAACGGACUGCUCAUCCUGUCUGUACUGGCCGUGGUCAUCGGCUGCCUGCUGGGCUUCUUCCUCAGAGGCAAGCAGCUCUCCGAGCAGGAGGUGAAGUACUUCCAGUUUCCAGGAGAGCUGCUAAUGAGGAUGUUGAAAAUGUUAAUUUUGCCCCUCGUCGUAUCGAGUUUGAUGUCCGGUCUAGCUGCCCUGGAUGCCAAGUGCUCCAGCCGCUUGGGCAUCAUGACCAUUUCAUACUACCUGUGGACCACCUUUGUUGCUGUGGUAGUGGGCAUUGUCAUGGUGUACAUCAUCCACCCAGGUGGAGCUGCACAGAAGGAGGACUCCGAGGACAGCAAGAAGCCAAUGACCAGCUCUGCGGAUGCUCUGCUGGACCUCAUUCGCAACAUGUUUCCAGCCAACUUGGUCCAAGCUACAUUUCAACAGUAUCGAACCCAGAGAGUCGCAGAACUCAUCCCCAAACCGACAGUCGCUCAGCUCCUGGAUGAGACAACCACGCGCAGGGUCUAUAUUUAUGGCAUCCAGGAUGACAAUGGCACCGACACCCAGAACUUCUCCCUGGAUCUCACACCGCCUCCUGACGUCAUCGUGAAAACAUCUCCUGGCACCAGCGAAGGCAUGAAUGUACUGGGGAUUGUCAUAUUCUCUGCAACCAUGGGAAUAAUGCUGGGAAGAAUGGGACCCAACGGAAGUGCUUUGGUCAACUUCUGCCAGAGUUUGAAUGAGGCAGUUUUAAAGAUUGUUGCCAUUGUCAUUUGGUAUUUCCCCUUUGGUAUCGUCUUCCUGGUGGCUGGAAAGAUCUUAGAGAUGGACGACCCUUCAGCUAUGGGGAAGAAGUUGGGCUUUUACGCCAUCACUGUGGUAAUGGGCUUGGUGCUGCACGGCCUGUUCAUCCUCCCGGCCAUGUACUUCUUCAUCACCAAGAAAAGCCCCAUAGUUUACAUCAGAGGCAUUCUGCAGGCCCUGCUCAUCUCCUUGGCCACCUCCUCCAGCUCUGCCACUCUGCCUAUCACCUUCAAGUGCCUCCUUGAGAACAACCAUAUCGACAGACGCAUCAUCCGCUUCGUGCUGCCGGUCGGGGCCACCAUCAACAUGGACGGUACCGCGCUCUAUGAGGCCGUGGCAGCCAUCUUCAUCGCCCAAGUGAACAAUUACGAGCUAGACUUUGGGCAAAUCAUCACCAUCAGCAUCACUGCCACGGCCGCCAGCAUCGGUGCAGCUGGAAUCCCACAGGCUGGACUUGUUACCAUGGUGAUCGUGCUGACCUCUGUGGGUUUGCCCACCGAUGACAUCACUCUCAUCAUUGCUGUUGACUGGGCUUUGGAUCGAUUCAGGACCAUGGUUAAUGUGAUGGGCGACGCUCUGGCCACAGGAAUCAUGGCUCAUAUCUGCAGAAAGGAUUUUGUCAAAGAGGGAGAGCAGGUGCCUCUUAUAUGUGAGACUAAACCCAUGAUAAGCAUUCAGCAGAUGAUGAACUACCAGAACCAGAAGAAUGGCUGCUACCAGCCACCUCCACCAGGCAGCAAGCAGGACCACCUUUCCCCGGACGUGGCUCGCCUGAUCCAGCUAGAGGAGGGGAUUCGACCUGUAGAGAAGAAGAAGCAUGCUCACGCCUCUCAUCACAAGAGAGAGCACAGGGACAAGGACCAUUGUUCCAUUGACAUGAACGGACUGGAGACCAAUGUGUAAAAAACUGGCCGCUCUGUCAGGGUCUACCAGCACAUCCAUGGAUGCAAAACCAGCAGGAGAGGGCGAUACAUUAAAGGACCGAGGUGACCAAGUAUACAUGCUUUUCCCCUCUAAUGAGAGCAGCUGUGAGUAGAUGUACGCAGAGGGGGAAAAAAAGACUUUGAUUUUCUACAUAACCCAAAUGAUGACCCACAUUUGAUUGUUUAUGUUUGUGUGCAUACAUAUUUAUCUGAUAUAUACAUUUAUUGGGUAGCAUCAGCGGCAGUGCGCUACUCUGGAGGACCUUUUAAACCAAGAGCAGAUCCUGUGUGAGGAUUUCCUAUUAUCAGAACUUAAAGGACGGCAUAUGGCGAACACAACAGCCAAUAUCACGUAUAACUAAAGGCACCUUUUCCUCUGUGGACUGCAGACAAAACAAACGGAUAUCAGCUUAUAUCACUUUUUAUUCUUUCUGAUCUGGUUUGUGUUUAGCACAAUAUUGCUUUUGAUUUUUUACAUUUCUCUUUUUUUUUUUGUCAUUGUGUUGUUCCUGAUUAACUUGGGCAAAAAGUUCCCUGUUUGGUACGUUUUUCCAGAGAUACAGUGAUGCAGUGAAGCACACAGAAAAACAAAGUGGAACAGAACAAAAUUAUUCAGCUAUAGCGGUUAUACGAACGCACAAAUGCAUGAGUUAAGUUCACACUUUAGAAACACUUUUUGUGUUGGAGUUUGCCCAACCAGUCAACAUGUGUGUUGUGGAUUUGUAGAAGGCAUUCGACUGUGUUUCCUCUGGGUGUUCUGUGAGGGGUGCUUUGGAAUUAUGGGAUAUCGGGUCCAUUGCUGUGGGCUUUCUAGCCCCUGUACAGCUGUAGUGAGAGCUUGGUUCACAUUGCCAGCAGUUAGACUCGUUCCCAGUGGGGGUCGGUGGCCUCAGGAUCUCGUUUCUGGUUUUCACAGAUGAUCACAGAUGAUGUGGUUUUGUUGGCCGUGACCUCUAGCAUGCACUAGGGCAGGUCACAGCUGAGCGUGAAGCAGCUGGAAUUAGAAUUAGCAUCUCCAAGUCUAAGGCCAUCAGAUGGAAAAGGGUGGAGUGCCCACUCUGGGCUAGGAUAAGUUGCUGCCCCAAGUGGAGGAGUUUAAGUAUCUCUGGUUUUUGUUCACAAGUGAGGAGAGAGUGGUGCAUGAGAUUGGCAGACAAAUUGGGGCUGCGUCAGCAGUGUUGCGGAUGCUGUGCUGGUGUCAUGAAGACAGAGCUGAGCGUAAAAGUGAAUCUAUUGAUUUACUGGUUGAGCUACAUCCCUGCCCUCACCCAUGGCCACAGGAUUUGAGUAGUGACCGAAAGAAUGAGAUUGUGAAUACAAGCAGUGGAAAUGAGCUUCCUGCAAUUAACUCAUUCAUUUGGGAGAGAGACUCACAGUAAAGCCACUACUCCUCCUCCACCCUGAAACGAGGCAGUUGAGGUGGUUUGGGUAUCUGAAUAGGAUGCCUCCUAAGUGAGGUGCUUUGGGCAUGUCCUAUUGGAAGAGGGGAGGCCCUGGAGAAGGCCCAAGACACACUGGAGAAAUUAUGUAUCUCUCCGGAAGAGCCUGAAGAGCUGGAAGAGGUAGAAGAGGUGGAUGGGAAUGGGAGGUCUUGGCGUCUCUGCUUAGGCUGCUGCCCCUGCGACAAAGAGCAGAAAAUGUCUCUUUGGAGCUUAUAAACACCCACAAAAACACUGUGAUUCUUUCCACUUUCCCACAUUUUCUCAGCAGCACCUUUCCUUACACCCCUCUUCUCUGCCUUGUUGUCCUGAGUGGGUCCUCAUACCUCAUACCUGCAGUGCUGUGCAUUCAAGGUUGAAUGAUGAUGGAGAUCACGCUGAAAAUAAAGAUGAGUCUUUGUCCUUGUGUUGAAAUCAUGUCACAUUGUCUUUGCACCCCACUGUAUUCCCUCUUUGCCUUAAACAACCAAAGGAGAAGCAACCGGGACCGGCACGAUACCGAUGUAUGCUGAAACAGCUGAGACAAAUCAACACAAAUUAACAGUUUAUAUUCAUAAACUUUCUUCAUAUAUAUGUGAUAUAUGCUGUACAUGUAUGUAUUUAAAGUUUUUAAAAAAUGUAGAUUCCACUAUCAUGUUAAUAUGUUGCAGAGGCUGCCAUUCUGUAUUUGUUUUAAAGAAACAUUUCAGCGAAGUCUGACAUUUAUCAAGUGUACCAACUCUGUAAAAUGGAAAGGAAAUGGGAAAAAAUAUAUACAAAAAUUUGACAUUAAAUAGUGCUUGAUUUAUUUGUGAAUAGUUUGGGGAUGUGAGGUAUUUUGGAUUUAUUGUAUAGGACUGCUAAAAAAAAAAA